AUUAUCUAGUUCAUUUCUUAAUUUCAUUAUUAUCGUCUCUCUUUUUUUUAAUUAUCAUUCUCUUUCUUAUUUUAAAGAAGCAAAACAGAAUCCUCUCUUUUGACUCUUUUGAUUUUGUUGUUUUAUUUUCAUUCAUUCAUCUUUAAAUCACUAAUCUUCUGUUUUCAGUAAUCUUAGAUCUGCUUUUAUUAAGGAAUUCAAAGCUCAUCAACAAAAAAACAGUAUAUAUAUAAACAUAUCAAGGUGGAUGAAAAGGAAGAAGCUUCACCAUCAUCUUUGUUUAUGGAGAAACAAGAUCCAUCUCAACCUACAAAUCAAGGUAAUGAAAAGAAAAAACAUUAUAGAGGAGUUAGGCUGAGACCAUGGGGAAAAUGGGCAGCUGAAAUAAGAGAUCCUAAAAAAGGAGCAAGAGUAUGGCUUGGCACAUUUGAAACAGCUGAAGCUGCAGCUACUGCUUAUGAUGAAGCUGCAUUGAAGUUCAAAGGAAACAAAGCCAAGCUUAAUUUCCCUCAACGAAUUUCUCAUUCGCCGAAUUCGGAUCCAUCGCCAAAGCGUAAUAACAAUAAUAUUCCAUUUAUAUCUUCAUCUUCAUCUUCAUCAUCGAAGAGUACUCCAUCAAAAUCUCUUUUUCCGUUAUCAUCAACAGAAAAAGAGAUGUUUCCAAACCUAAUGCAAUAUGCGCAAGUGCUUUGUAGUAAGGACGAUGAAGAUCUUCGACGUGCUACUACAUGUCUUUACAAUAAUAGUAGUAAUAAUAAUAGUAAUCGUCACAAUAAUAAUAAUAAUAAUGAACGAUUUCGCUAUUAUAAUUUGCCACCAUUCUUCUCAACAAUGGCGCCAUCUUCUACUUCUAAGGAUGAUGUUAUGUCUAGGGUUGGAGAUCAUCGCCCUUUAGAUAUGAGAAAUGAUCUUGAUGAAAGGAACAUCAAUGAGUCAUAAUAUUAAUAUAAGUGAUAUGAAUUCUUUCGAUUUUUAAAUAUUGUAGUUGAUGAAUAAAGAUUGAUUGAUUCAUAUUACAAGUAUUACAAAUUAAAUUUUAAAUAAAAUUCAAAAUUAAAUACAAGUUGUUUGAUCUUUAGCCACAAGUUGAAUUUAGUGGUUGAUACGUGAAUAUUAGGUUAUCAUAUUGUCAUUUUAGAUCGACUUUAUUUGUUGUUUAUAUAUAUUAUUGAUUGAAAUGAAAGUCUGAAUUAUUUUCUAUUCUAAAUAAAAAUAGAUCAAUGCUAUAAAUAUGAAUUUUAAUUAUUUGUUACAAGAUACACUAUUCAGAAAAUUUUGUAUUUAUAUCGAAUUGUUAAUUUUUUUCUUAUACUUUUGGAUUAGAGCGUUGUGCUCUUGUGUUAGAGAGUUGUAGUGUUAUCGAAUCUUCCAUUUAAAAAAACAAAUGUGUUAUUCAAAAAAACAAAUGUGUUAUUGUUAGAAUAAUAUAAGAUUAUUUCUUACUAUCAAAUUUGAUAUUAGUUAUUAUUUAUUAUAAUUUGUUAUUAAUUUAGGAUUUAGUCUAUAUAUUCCUAAAUAGAAGUUAGUAUUAAGUCUUUUGUAUAUGUCAAUAGCUAUUAUCAACAAUAUUACUCUAUAAUCUUUUAUAUAUAAUGACAAAAUUAAGAGUAUUUUAUAUAAUGACAAAAUCAAGAGUUUUGAAAAUAUUUUGGAAAGACUAAUUAAGUGUGUUCAUUAUAAUUCCACCUCUCUUUAUUAAGAAUUUCUUUUGUAUACAAUUCACUUAAUAGGUAUAAGUGUAAUCAAAAGAUCUGUUAUGAGAUCAUGUCGGUGGUUAAAGAAUUUCUUAUCAAUGUGAAAGGUGAUUUUAUCUUUAAAGUGUGAAAAUUCUAAGUAAAUAUAUUCUUUAUGAAGAAUAAGAUAGUUCUUUUGAACGAAUAUUGUUGACGAGGACAAUGUAAUUUAUUUUUUUGGAGUGUUUUAACUUCAAUUGAAGAAUUUUAUUUAUGAUAUAAUAAUGUAUUUAUUUUGAACUAUGACUUUCAUCGAAGAAAAUAUGAAGUUCUUAGAGUAACUUAGCUUCAAAUGAAAUACUUUAAUCAUGGAGUAUCUAGUUUUUAUGAACUAAAAUUAUCCAUGUCAAUAAUAGAAUCUAAUGUAUAAUUUUCAAUCAAAGAGGAGGUGGUUGUGUUGGGUGAAAUAAGAUAUGUUAAAAGAAUUCCUCACUGCUUAGUAUUAUAAAGAAAGAGAGAGGAUUAUAUAUUUAGGCUUUAGUUAUUUGUUACA